AGUGUGUGGAGACGUAAGGAGGAGAAAAAACCUAGUAAACCUGACAAAGCGUCUGAGGAACAGUGCGAGGACUGUCGGCGGAAGAGGAGAAAGAGACGCGAAAGACGCUCCGUUCAGCAGCGGGAACGCACACUGAUGGAUUUUAUGACAUUUCGCAUCGGACAACUUUCCUCCUGAAGCCUUUUCUAAAACUCCGUUCCACCUCCUCAGCGGCUGCAAAACUUUCCCCGUUUCAGUUGACAAGUGCGCUGCUCGGGAACUCUGGGGCAUGUUCUGCGCCCUGGAAGAAACUUGGUAACGGGGAGGAAAGUUUCGGGGGGGGGGGGGGCCCGCGCUGGUGUGUGUGUGUUUUUCUCUUUUCUUUUCCCCCGAGCUGUUUUUCUUUCCAAGGAUAACGCGCGUGAACUCGGAUCUUUUUUUUCUUUGCAUGGCAUCGGACUACGCUGCCAGGCGAGUUUGGAAUAUAUCCCUCUGAUCUGAGCUGAUGCCGGCUGAUUGUGGAAUAGUAAACUGAAAAAAAAGAAAAGAGGAAGAAGAAGAAGAAAGAAGAAGAAAAGGCAGCGCCUCGCAGAUUUUUUUUUUUUUUGGUGCAUUGUGGAGUUGGAGACAUUCCUCCCUCUGGAUUCGGCUCAUGCUCUCUCCUCCCUUAUCUGUGCAUGCCAAAACAGAGAUCUCCACGAUUUUAUUCCUCCCUGCCCAGGUGAUUGGGUGAAUUCCACUGAGUGACAGGCCAACCCGGCAGCAGUUGAUGGUUGGGCGGACCCCCUCAGAUGGGAUCAGUGUCCAGGGGGAGGUGGAGAAGGGGGGUAUGGGGAGCGCUGGCCCCCACUAACGGGAUGGCCUCGUGGGCCUGGUUGCUGGCCGCCGUCCUGCUGUCCCUGCUGACCGUCAGCGUGGCCCGGCCGCCCCUCACCGCCACCAAGGAGGAGGAGGCCACUCUGGAACCUGAAGACGCAUCGAACAAAUACCAAAUUUCUAAGCCCACGGUGUGCUCAGUGCACCCGGGGGAGGUGCUGAAGCUGAGCUGCCCUCUGCCACCGACGGGGACCAUCACCUGGACCAAAGACGGCAGCUCUCUGGGCACCAACAACCGCACGGUGAUAGAGCAGGAGGUGCUGCAGAUCCGUGAUGCCACGGCCAAGGAUUCAGGCCUGUACGCCUGCACCAGCGUCGGCAAAGACACGGUCUGCUUCAUAGUAAAUGUCACAGAUGCCAUCUCGUCGGGGGAUGAUGAGGACGAUACAGAGCGAUCGGAGGACACUGGGGCGGACGGAGAGCAGAUAAGCGCUCCGUAUUGGACCUCGUCAGCAAAGAUGGAGAAGAAGCUGCAUGCGGUGCCAGCUGCCAACACAGUCAAGUUCCGCUGUGCUGCGGGAGGCAACCCCCGGCCCAAGCUGCGCUGGCUUAAGAACAGCAGGCCUUUCCGCCAAGAGGACCGCAUGGGAGGGUAUAAGGUGCGCAGCCAGCACUGGACCCUGAUCAUGGAGAGCGUGGUGCCGUCGGACAAGGGAAACUACACCUGUCUGGUGGAGAAUGAGUUCGGAGCCAUCAACCACACCUACACCCUGGAUGUAGUAGAGCGGUCCCCUCACCGCCCCAUUCUCCAGGCUGGCCUCCCAGCCAACACCACUGUACACGUCGGGGAGGACGCCCGCUUCGUCUGCAAGGUCUACAGCGAUGCCCAGCCUCACAUCCAGUGGCUUAAACACAUCACCCAAAACGGCAGCCGCUACGCCCCCGAUGGACACCCGUAUGUCCGAGUGUUGAAGACCGCAGGUGUUAACACCACAGAUAAGGAGAUAGAAGUUCUCUACUUGCCCAAUGUAACAUUUGAAGAUGCUGGGGAGUAUACGUGCUUGGCGGGUAAUUCUAUUGGGAUCUCCUAUCACACUGCUUGGUUGACGGUGCUUCCAGCCCUCGAGAAAUCCCCGGGGCCCCUUUCCCCAGACUAUGUGGAGAUUGCGAUAUACUGCGCCGGCGUCUUCCUCAUCGCCUGCAUGGUGGGCAUCGUGGUGGUGUGCCGAAUGAGGAACACGGCAAAGAAACCCGACUUCGGGGGCCAGCCGGCAGUCCACAAGCUGAGCAAGCAGAUCCCUCUGCGCCGCCAGGUAACAGUGUCGGCAGACUCGAGCUCUUCCAUGAACUCCAGUACGCCGCUGGUGCGCAUCACGACGCGGCGGAGCUCUGCGCACGAUGAGCCAAUACCCGAGUACGACCUUCCAGAGGAUCCACGCUGGGAGUUUACCCGAGACAGGUUGACCCUGGGCAAGCCCCUAGGUGAAGGCUGCUUCGGCCAAGUGGUAAUGGCAGAGGCCCUGGGCAUCGAUAAGGACAAACCCAAGGAGGCUGUAACUGUCGCUGUCAAGAUGCUGAAGGAUGAUGCCACCGAGAAAGACCUGUCUGACCUGGUGUCAGAGAUGGAAAUGAUGAAGAUGAUCGGCAAACAUAAGAACAUUAUUAAUCUUUUGGGGGCCUGUACACAAGACGGCCCUCUCUAUGUCAUAGUGGAGUACGCCUCCAAAGGCAACCUGAGGGAGUACCUGCGAGCCCGCCGGCCGCCCGGCAUGGAGUACUCCUAUGACAUCGCCCGUGUCUCAGACGAGCAGCUCACCUUCAAAGAUCUGGUCUCCUGCACUUAUCAGGUGGCACGGGGCAUGGAGUACCUCGCCUCACAGAAGUGUAUACACAGAGACCUGGCAGCCAGGAACGUCCUGGUCACAGAGAGCAACAUCAUGAAGAUCGCUGACUUUGGCCUGGCCAGGGACGUCCACAACAUCGACUACUAUAAAAAGACGACCAAUGGUCGUCUCCCGGUAAAAUGGAUGGCCCCAGAGGCGCUGUUCGACCGGGUCUACACGCACCAGAGUGAUGUCUGGUCAUUUGGGGUGCUGAUGUGGGAGAUCUUCACCCUUGGGGGCUCCCCCUACCCUGGCAUUCCCGUCGAGGAGCUCUUCAAGUUGCUGAAAGAGGGACAUCGCAUGGACAAGCCUGGCAACUGCACCAACGAGCUGUACAUGAUGAUGAAAGACUGCUGGCAUGCCAUUUCAUCCCAGAGACCCACAUUCAAGCAGCUAGUCGAGGAUCUGGAUCGCAUCCUCACCCUCAGCACCAAUGAGGAGUAUCUGGACCUGUGCGCCCCAACAGAGCAGUAUUCCCCCAGCUUCCCCGACACUCGCAGCUCCUGCUCCUCCGGUGACGACUCCGUGUUUUCCCACGACCCUUUACCGGACGAGCCCUGCCUCCCCAAGUACCAGCACAUCAACGGAAACGUCAAAACAUGAGCCCCAGAAUGUCUUCUCUACCCCGGCCUGACCUGCUCCAGUUUUACCCCGAAAGACACGUAGCACAGACUCCCUCUCCGAAAUCCUCCCAAACCUCCUGCCCCCCCCAUCACCCCUCUGGAUCCCAGUGGACUAAUGGACCCAGACGGGACUGGGCUGGUGGCAGCGCUGCUGUCACACACUCAUACUGCCAUGCACACACACUACUCACACAGUGAGGUCUUAAAGGAGAGGGCAGGGACCCUACAGGAGCUGUUUUUUUUACUGACUGAAUGAACUGGGGACCCUCGUCUUCUUCCCCCUUCAUAUAAACACAGACUUUUCAGUUUAGUUCUCAUGUUUGUACCCAGAGGAUUUUUUUUUUUUUUUUUCAAAUUUACAAUCGACGACGUUACUUGUUUGGUGAUCCCAUUCCGGUGGCUGGCAUUCCAAGAUUGUUAUUUGCUCCUGGAGGAAUGUAUGGACUGUUGUGAACUUAAAAAACAAGGGACUAGAAGAGGAUGACGAAUAGGAAAAGGACUGAGAGACAGCUUCGACUAACAAACCAGAGGAAUAGAAGGAGAGCACAUAUAGAAACUGCUCUCCUGUUUAUUUUGUAAUAUUGAUGCAUUUCUUUUUCAGUUCUCUUGGUAAACCUUCCCAAUUAUUCUGGAGAAAAAAAAUACACAGUAUAAUGUAUAGUGCUGGGUAUAUUUGUAAAUAUAUUCAAAAUAUGUAUAAAUAUAUAUUAUAUAUUUACAAUGAAUUAUUUUUUGUAUGGACUCCGAAAUAACCCCAACCCUCCCUACCUUACUUUGAGUUCGAGGCAGGUACGCUAACAGGUUAUGUGUCCUAUAUUUCUCUUCUCACACACACACACACACACACACACACACACACACACACACACACACACACACACACACACAGACUCACACAAACAGACACGGAUACACACUUUCAUGCACACACACACACACACACACGCACACACACACACACACACACACCUGUCUUACUCUCACUCAGUAACACAGUUGAGUAUUGGCUUUCAGGGACUGAGGUAGCAUGUUAAUUUAUUGACUUAUGUUUUUUUGAGAUGAAUCAGAAAAAGUCUGGAAAAAAGAACAAAAACAAAAAUGGCAGAAAUGAUGACAUUAAUGAUGCUGAUAAUACAUGAAUAAAUAAUCCAUUAAAUUUAUGGUAAUUUAAAAUGAUCUUUCAGCAGUAACAAGAAAAAAAAGGCUAUUUUUAGUGGGUUUGAAAGAUCCAGGUUUUGUAAGUUUUAUAUAUGAAUGUGAAUAUUAAGUUAAAUUUUAAAAAAGUGUACAUUUUAUAGUCAGCUAAUCCCUUUUCUUAUGUAGAUGUUGAUGCCAUUUCUAUCCGGUCAUUUUACUCUUUCUUAGCCUUGCUUUAGGAAACGAGAUUUAUUUCUGGAUAUUUAUAUAUGAUUGACAGAAACAGAUUUUGGAAACCACCUACUAGCAAUCCGCUCCCUCAUUUAGACUAAAUAUAGACUCCAAAUUUACUUGACAGAAUUGAAAGCUGAAAAACAAAGUAUUAAAUCAUUCAAGUGUUUUUUGUCUUUUUCUACUGGACCAACUUAAAGAUGUUCUUUUGCAAGUGUUCAUGCCACAUUUGCAAAAAAUAAAUGAUGGAAAAACGUA